AUGGCCGAUAUCUGAAAAGCAAUCGGACUCCGUCUCUUUCAACCGUGUUAUCAGAUUUUGAGUGUAUUCUUUUUCCGCAGCUCUUUAUUUCCUACUUUGUGCUCAUGGCUUGGCAUAACCAUUAGCUUUCACCUGAGAGAGUGUUGGAGUAUCUUGCCGCCACCAUGUAUGACACACCGGUGAGCCUGCAGAACUACUGCGUGGAUUUCAUAUGUGAUAAUUUGUCUGCUCUGUGUGAGGUACAGCCCUUGGCUUCCACAGAUUCUAAACAAACCAAAAUGGUCUUCAAAGACCCAGAGACUUGCUUCCACUCCACUCUGUCUGAUCAGCUCUUGUCUACUUUGAGUGAAAAGGGGAAGCUCAAUGAUGAAUCUCUGUCACUGUUUGAUCCGAACGCCACAGUUCUGCGGCAUGUUAGCAUUCACAACGCCCCUGUGACCAGCAGAGGUCUGCGUAUACUUAAAGGUCAUCGAGUGUCUCAGUUAGAAGUGACUGGAAUCAAGGAUGUGACCGUCAAUGACGUCAUUGGCUGUCUGGGAGAGUGGACUUUGUCAAAUCUUAGAAUUCUCAACGUGAGCAGAAACACUUUUCUCAAUAACUCCAAGUUCUGUGUUGUUGUUUCCCUUUCAAAGCUGAGAAAUCUGCACACUCUUAACGUCAGUUUCACAGAGUUCAAUCGGCAUGGUUUGGAGAUCAUAGCCGAAGACUUGCCCUGCCUGGAAGUAUUGGACAUUUCAUGUACAGAAAUCAAUGACAUCACACCUUUGCGAAAGUGUAAAAACCGGUUAAAAUCUUUGAGCAUGUACAAUCUACAGUUGCACCGUAACUCUGACCCGAUAGGCGUGGUCAGUGAGCUAACUCAUUUGGUUCAUCUGGACGUGUCCAACGACGCGACUCGUGACACAAUCAUCACCUCAGUGGCCACAGAGCGGUUCCAAGUCCCUGACUUCUUAGCAAAGCACGACACCUGUCCCAACCUGGUGUCUCUCGACGUGUCUGGAGCCCCUGAUGUCGCACCCUGUAUAGUUGAGACAUUUGUGGAGAGACAUGAAAAGCUGAACUUUCUGGGUCUGGCUCUGACGUUUAUAUCCGAGUACGAAAUGUUCCAGCCGGAGAGUACCUGGUAUAGGGCACAUCCAAACUUCAAGAUCUCGGGAGAGGUCACAGAAUCUCAAAUCAUGGAGUCUCUGCGGAGAUACCUGCCAAGAAGUGCGUACAUGCAGAAGGCUCUCUUCAAGUUGUUCAACUUAUCACAGGGUACCGAAGAGCCAAGAGAAGAUAUCAUCAGGCUUGUCUUGCCGGCCAUGAAAAGCCACCCCAAGAUGCUGUCUGUCCAAAUGGCGGCCACGGCCUGCCUGUACAACCUGACGCGUGGCGAUGUGGGGCAAAAGAUCCACCCGGUGCUGCUCUCCAGGUGUGUGGACCUCACCCUGACCGCCAUGGAGAACUUCCCCAAUCAUCAGCAGCUGCAGAAGAAUGCAUUGCUGACAAUCUGCAGCGACAGAAUCUUGCAAGAUGUGAAUUUUGACCGAUUCCGGUGUUCCCGGCUGGUGAUGGACUGUAUGUGUCAGUUUGACGAUGCCUCCAUGAACCGAAUGUCCGUGGCCAUCUGUUCUAUUCUGGCCGCCAAGAUCUCUACGGAGCAGACAACCAUUCUGGGCGCCAAAGCGCGCUACAUGAAGAAACUUCUGAUGCUGGUGGAGGAGCGGCUGGUCAACCAGGAACUGGACAUCACUUUGAGGUUCACACUCAGCGCUCUCUGGAACUUGACCGACGAGGCUCCUUCCACAUGCAAUGUGUUCCUGAUGGAGGGGGGUCUGGAGCUGUUCAUGAAACUGUUGGAGUUGACCGAUGGUCAAGGAACAGACAACCACGUGCAGGUGGAGACCAAAAUCCUGGGGCUGCUGAAUAACAUUGCAGAAGUGAAGAACCUGAGGCACAAACUGAUGCGAGAAGAAUUCGUCAUGUUGAUCAAACGCAUGUUGCACGGCGUGCAUAUAGACGUCAGCUACUUUGCUGCGGGGAUCCUCGCACACCUAUGCAGCGACGGUGAUACAGCCUGGAGAAACAUCGCUGGCCUGGAUAGAUAUGAUAUCCUGGAAGAUUUGCGGUCGGUGGUGUCGGGCUGGGAUCAACCCAAGUCAGAGAUGGUUGCCUACAGGUCGUUCAGCCCGUUCUUCCCGCUCCUCCAAAGCCUGGACCCUCCGAUACAGCUGUGGGCCGUCUGGGCCAUCCACCACGUCUGCUCCAAGAACGGCAAGAGGUACCUGACCCUCCUGGACAGCGAAGGCGGGCCCGAGCACGUCCAGCGACUCAUGAACGGCCGCUGCGACUCGAAAGUGCGCGGAAUCUGCGAAGAAAUACUCACCAAACUGGAGGAGCAUAAGGGGAGACCACCCAGACAGCAGGACACUGACGACAUGGAGUUCUGAACUCCGUGGGGGGGUGACUUUUUUUUUUCUCCCGAUGUGCAUCUUCUCCUUGCAAAACAAAGUAAUGUGAUAUUUAUCGUUCAUGUUUGAUGACAAGAGAAGUCGGGUGGUAGCGGAGUGUCAGUAUGCCAGUGUUUGUUGGUUCUGUUUGUGCCGUCAGGAGUGUCCGGCCCCCAGUAGCCUGUGGUGGACGGGAUGGAAUGGAUUGUCACGCAUACACACACACACACAUAUAAAUAAAUAUAUAUGUACAUACAUACAUACAGGCGCGCGUGUGGGCACGCCCACACACAUACACACACACACACUCUUUGUCUUUGGUGGAUUGUCGCACCGCUGGCUUGUGACAUGGUGUAGAGAACGCAGAAGUUAUUACUUUAACUUUUUACUCUAAGCUGGCUGAUGGGCUGGGGUUAGUGAGCAUUUAUUUUCCACAAAUGUAAAGAGCGAAUCUUCAUUAACGAUACAGUGUGCUGGAAGCUUUUUACCCGAGGAACGACUGUGGAUGUUUGCGGAAAUUAAAUGCUCGUAAAAAAAUUGUCUGUAGCUUUGACGAAAAUAAGAUGCUCAUUAAAAAAAACGGAAUGUUUUAUGACA